AAGACUUUCCCACUCGUUAAAUUAAAGAGCCAAAAGCUUCCCUUUCUAAUUCUUGAGAGAAGAGAAUGUGGGGAAUCGGAGUAACAGCAGCUAUGGUGAUCACAGAGUUCACCGAGGUAGGCAUAAGCAUUAUCUUGAAAGCAGCCAUGACCAGAGGCUUGAGUCAAUUUGUCUAUAUAGUUUACUCAAAUGCCUUAGCCAUCCCUAUCCUUCUUCCCUCUUCCUUCAUCUUGUACAGGAAAAGACCUCUCCCCCAACUUACUGUGUCCAUCCUCUUCAGAAUCUUCCUUCUGGCUCUUGUGAGUUGUGCUGUUCAGUUGUUUAUGUUCACUGGGAUGAGGUAUAGCUCUCCAGUUCUUUCCACAGCGAUGAAUGAUCUCACACCUGCUUUCACUUUUUUGUUAGCCAUAAUCUCCAGUAUGGAAAAGCUAGACUUCAGGUUACAAGGGAGCCAGGCCAAGUCUAUUGGCACGAUUUUAUCAGUUGCAGGAGCCUUAAUUGUGACUUUGUACAAAGGCCAGCCACUGACAGGUGUUCCAUCACAAAAUAACCUAAUUCAUGAGUCCCUGCAACUGUUCCCAUCGAACUGGGUUUUUGGAGGAAUUCUCUGUGCAGCUGGAACAUUGUGCUUAGCUCUAUUAUUCAUUGUCCAGACUUGGAUUCUUAAGGACUACCCUUCAGAGUUGAUGAUAACACUCAUAUGUUGCAUCUUUAUGACCGUGUUAUCUGCUUCAGUCUCUCUAUUUGCAGAGAGAGACCCAAAUGCUUGGAUACUAAAGCCUGAUAUUGAGUUGAUAGCUAUUGGCUCUUCAGCAGUUUUUUCAGUAUCACUUCGCAAUGUAGUUCAUACGUGGGCUUGUGGCGAGAAAGGGCCUCUCUACACGGCCAUGUUUAAACCACUUGGGAUGAUCAUUGCAAUUUUCUUGGGGAUCUCUUUUCUUGGGGAUACUCUUUAUCUUGGAAGUGUAAUUGGAGGGAUUGUUAUUGCUCUUGGAUUUUACACGGUGAUAUGGGGAAAAGCCCAAGAAGAAGAAAGGAUGGGUGAAGAGAAAGGAAUUUCCAAAUUUGAGUCAAACUCUCAUAAAGUCCCUCUCCUGGAAAACAGAAGUGUGGAUGUGUAGCAUUCUUGCGUUGUACAUAAACAAUAUUGAGUAGAUAUUUGAUAACUCGCAGAGUAUGCAGAUUUAUGUAUUCUUAACCACAGUUUCGGUAAAAUAAAAAAUAUCAGAGGUGGACCUAGUUUGACAA